UUAAAGGUCACACUUGGUCUCUCUGUUUCUGCAAAGUCUCUCACACAAAGAAGAAGAAGAAGAAGAGAAUCAAUGGCGAGUUGCUUCAGCUACGUGUCUUCUCGUAACAAAUGUUACCAAUACAGCUUCUCUCGCGCUGGUCUGCGAUCAUCUACCUCCGAUCUUGGCGACGGCACCGUUCUCCACUGUUGGAUCCCACAGACUCACAUCGACACCAAGCCCACGCUCCUCCUUCUCCACGGGAUCGGAGCUAACGCUAUGUGGCAGUGGGACCGCUUCAUCGACCGGUUUAUCCCCCGGUUCAACGUCUACGUACCGGACCUCAUCUUCUUUGGCGACUCGUACACCACUAGGCCAGACCGGUCAGAGUCUUUCCAGGCGAGUUGCGUCAUGAAGGCGAUGGAUGGUUACGGUGUUGGGACGGUGACCGUUGCUGGGCUCAGCUACGGAGGCUUCGUGGCCUACUCGUUGGCGGCGCAGUUUAAGGAGAGGAUAGAUCGGGUUGUGCUAAUAUGCGCCGGGGUUGCUCUGGAGGAGAAAGACGUGGAGGACGGGAUGUUUAAA